AUGUUCCCCUGGCUUUCGUUUCAAUUUCCAGUCUACGAGCGGUAUUCGGGUCAGGUCUCUAAAACCCCACCAAAUAUGGAGAGCUAUACCAACAUAGCUGAGCUGUCUGCGAAACAAUCGUCUGGCCAGCCUAUUCGCUCCAAGCUCACCGGAAACAGACCCUGCUGGCUUAGCACAUACAAGAACAGUCUCAAUGGUAGAGGCAUUGUAAUUCCGUAUGACGGCAAGCUGAUGGACAAUGCUGUGGCGCUCAUACGACUUCUUCGUGCCCUUAACAAUAAGUUGCCUAUUCAGGUGGUUACGUACGGCCAGCUUGAUGAACACCAGAAACAAGGAUUCAGUGAUGUUGCCAGAGCACCAAUCCACGAGCUUCCUGAGAGCUACAAAAAAAUCAAGGGCGCCGAGAAUGUCGUGAGCCUGGAUGACGGUCUUCCUCCACAGGAGUUGUGGUUUGUUGAUGCCCUGGCGGCUCUCGUUCACGAGACAAAGGAGAAGUGGGACAGUUUCCCUCAUCCAUAUUGGCUACUUUUGUCAAUUCUUUUGAGGAGAUGUUGCUUUUGGAUCCAAGUGCUGUGCCAUUGA